AUGCUACGUAAAGGAGCUAAGCGUUGGUGGGACACCACUGCCAAAUCAAGGGCUCCUGGUCAUCUUUGGACGUGGGAUGAAUUCAAGGAGGCCUUUCUGAAAAAGUACUACCCCACGAGUAUUCAAAGUCGAAAGGAGGUUGAGUUCCUCACUUUGACUCAGGGCUCAAUGACGUUGAUCGAGUACAAGCAGAAGUUUGAAGAGUUGGCUCAUUAUGCUUCUGAGUUUGUGGAUACAGAAGACAAGAAGGCGAGACAUUUUGAGCAGGGUGUGAGAGAUGAUUUAAAACGAACUGUCAUAGUACUUCAGCUUGAAAACUAUCGUGAUGUGUUGGCAAGGGCACAAUUAGCAGAUUUAGAAAACCACACUAGUGGGGAGGAAAAACAACUUAAUGGACAGUCAAAGAAGAAAAAGUGGAUGGAUAACAUGGGCUAA